GCCUGCUCUUUUCAUUGUAACCGUGCCUUCGUCUUCUAGUUCCUCCGCUCCGUGUCCAUGGCUAUCUUCCCGCCAUAGCCACUACGUUUCUUAUUCCUUCGUUCGCCUCAUUCUCCUCAUUCUCCUCCUUUCUAUGUCUCUCCUGUUCUCCUUCGCCGUGUAGUUGUUUUCUUCGCGCCCUGUGUCCUUUUCAUAUUUGUUUUGGUUUGUUUAAUUUUGUACCUUUUUUGUUUAUUUAUUUUCUCCCCCGAUUUUAUUUCAAUGUUUUGCAUGUUAUUUGUGUGUUUUUGGCAAUGAUCGAGUAUGGAAUUUGUGUCUUUGGUUAGACGCGGAUUUGGUAGGCACUGUUGGCGGGAGUCUAUCGGCGGUGAAUUUUGUGGUUUUAGGUUUUUUGGAAAGAGUUGUGGGAGGAUGUUUGGGAAUAGUUGUAAUUCGGUGCGGGAUUUGGGAGCGUGGAGUGCUUGAGUCUCGGACAAAAUCCUUAGGUCUUAUGACAUGGAAGAGACGUGGUCCUUCGUGAAGCCGUUGGAUUUUUUUUUUUUUUUUUUUUUUUUCUUGUUGGUUCGUUUGAACGUGUCUCUUCAUCGUGUUGUUUGCAAAUGUUCUUGUAGUGUUGGUUUCGGGGUUCUUGGUGCGCUCCCGUGUUCCUGAGAUUAUCUCGGUUCAUUGGCUUAACGGGAGUGCGUUUGACCUGAUCAACACGGCUUCACGCAAGGUUCGGAGGUAUUUGUGAGGACGACGGUCAUAAUUGCGCUGCUCUCCUUCCAGUUUCCGGUUGUGAGAACUUCUUUAGCACUAAGUGGGGGUCACAAGGACUUGGUUCGCCUUAAUGGAUGGAUAGAAGCUGCAGCCGGUCACGACGAUGUGGAUAACUUCAUCAUAGAUUUCAUUAGCGGGAAAGCGACGGGGGAAAUUUCAAUCAUGUCGUUACUCGCCAUGGAUACGUCAAGUUUGUUUGAUCCUUUUGAGUUUCCUCUUGAGAUGGAUUUGGAUCCUCCUAAGCCGGAGACGAAGUUUAGAGAGAAAUUGGAGAUAAAGACAACGAGGCAUCAAGAUCAUCAUCUGAAGGCAAUGAUGGCUGUAAGAGAGUCUGAAUUCAAAAGCCGAGAACUUAUGGAUAUCAAGUCAUGUGUGCACGAUAUGCAGCCUAAGGUGCAGAUGAUAGAGUCGCCUUCUCCUCCAACUGCUCCAGCUGCUUCGGACUUGCAGAAUGUGCGUCAAAAACUGCGUGAUUCUCUGACUUCUGCCCUAGAGAUGGUCGUCAGCAAGCAGUUAAUGAAGAGUGUGCUAGGUGUGGGUGCGGAUGCGCAAGAAGAACCUAGAUGCGGACAGAAGGUGUCUAUGGUGGAAGGCCUUCAAGCCGCAAGUCUGUCACAGGAGCCUGGAAGUCCAUUAAACAGUGACAAGGUUGGUGACUCACUUGUGGUCGAUCUAGGCCCAUUAGAAACUGAACCUGCGAGUUUAGAUUCAUUUGAAGUGUCUGUUCCGGAACUUGUCACCAGCGGAGGCAACUACAGAUUGGAUUUUGAUCAAGAACAAUAUGGCUAUGGAGCAGAUCUUGGCGAGUCGCCCUUCAAGAAGUUGAAAGCAGAUAUUGGCCAAUUUGAUUGUGGUCACAGAAAGCUAGAAAUUGAGGAAAAGGAGGGCAGAAUAGCUGUAGAGGAUGUAAAAGGAGGUCUUCAUUUUAUGGACCAAGCAAGAAAACUUGCCACUGAUAUUGAAGCUGAAUUGUUUAAGCUGUAUGGGUCGAAGAAGAUGUACAACCAGAAAGCUCGUUCUCUUCUGUUUAAUCUGAAAGACAAAAGUAAUCCUGAGCUUCGGGCACGAGUGUUUUCCGGGGAAAUCCCUCCUGAAGAUUUAUGUCGUAUGAGUGGUGAACAGCUAGCGUCUAAGGAGCUUUCAGACUGGCGGAAUGCCAAAGAACAAGCUCUUGAUAAAAUGCUUGUCCUCACUGAUGCUGAUACAGUAUCUGGAAAGGUUGUAAAAAAGACCCACAAGGGGGAGUUUGUUGUGGAUGUUCAGAAUGAGACUACUGUGGACAUUAUGCCAGCUGUUACUCGUUCAGUGUUCCCUGCAAGCAAUGUAGAGAAGGCUGGUCAGGACGCCCCUGUACAAAUGGAAAAUCAAGUCAACCAUUCAUUAAACAAGUCGAAGUAUGGCACCUCUCUUCCUCUGAAACGAAGUAGGUCAGAGGAAUCUGAUCGUGUAUUCGUGGCUUCUACUCAAUCAAGCCAACUAUCGGAGGAGUCACGUGCAAAGGAAACGGCACAACCUCAGUCCAUUCUUUCAGAGACAAUUCUGCCAACAAUUAUGUCACUUGAUGAGUAUAUGAAAACUCAGAACGGUGAUGGAGUACAGGAGGAUGUGUUUCAAGAUACACCUAUUGAAACCAGAGACCCUCUGACACAUCGUGCGGCUGAUUCUCUAGGUGUCACUAUUGAAGUCGCUGAAGACCGUGCUCCUGGUCUGAAAGUCGUCAGUCCCGGGGAGGAGAGCUCAGUCCUAAAGUCUACGAGCACCCGAGAUGAAAGUCCAAGUUUGAAGUCUGCUGAAGCAGCGGAGCGGCACGUCAAGCUACCGAGCGACACAGGGAAAAUCGGUGAAGAUCGAGUGGUCUGGACGGGUCAGAUUCAAUUAAGUGGUAGCCGACAUUCUCCGUUGGCCAUUAAACACCGAAGUGGGGAAAUGGUAGAUUUGAAGAGUUGGCCAAAAUCACUUGAGUUGAAGGGAAGGGUAAGAUUGGCGCACUUGGACAAGUUUCUUCAGGAAUUGCAGCAGUCCCGUUCACGCGUAGUCACGGUUAUCUCUGUUGUUGUGCAGGAUGGGCAUGCAGAUCAGGCAGCCGCUACAGAACAUGUUAAGGAGAUUGCAAGUCAGUAUCAAAUGGGAGAUAGAGUGGGCUUUAUCGAGCCUCGGUCUGGUUAUGAAGUCUACUUGCUACCGCCUGGCAGCGGCACCACCAAACUCCUUAGUGAGCAUGGGCACUCAUCAACUGAAGCACUUGGCAAGGACGUAGUGUUAGUGGGUGUUAUUGUGUGGCGUAGAAGCCACUUGUCAUCUUCUUCUAGGCCUGCUGACCGUAACAAUAAUGUAAAGAGACAUGCGGUUGCAUCUUCAACUCAUCAUGAGUCCAUCUCCAAGAGUAGUAGGGCUGGGGUUGGUUCAUCAAAAGAGCCAAGCAGUGGCCCUAGGACAAAGUCGCGAGGCGGGAUUAAUGUAAGCUCUGCUUUAUCAUCAAUGCACCUCUCUAAAUUCCCAAUUGAAUCACCCACGAAAGAAGAUCCCUCACCCUCACGUAUUAGGAACUGGCCGCCUCCUACCACUGCAACCUCUAAUGGAAAUGUGCAGAAGUCUCACCAUGUUACUUCUGCUCCUUCUGAUUCUUCCACUGAUAUGCCUCCGGGUUUCCCAGUCCGGCCUGAACCUUCUGCUUCUGUUGCGUCUAGACCCCACCUGGACCCUAGAUUGCCCGCUCAGAAUAUGGAGUUUAGACCUGCUCAGGCCCCUGUGGAUGUUCCUCCGGGAUUCUGGCCUCGACCCCCUCAAAAUAUGCCAGCUCAGCAAUCUCUCACGGAAGAUGACGAUGACGAUCUUCCUGAAUUUGAUUUUAGCGUUCAUAAUGUUGGUGGGCAUUCUCAUUCUCCUACUCCUAGGCAGUUCCCAGUUGCUGGUCCAUCUCUCAAUCCCGAGCCUCCUCAUCUCUCUCAUUUUCUCUCUCGCCAGAGUCCUGCCAAAGUACUCGAGCAGGUUGGUCUUCCUCCUAACCCUGAAUCUUUCUCUGGGUACCUCCCAAGGCCUGGUGGUCCUUCCCCCUCUCCUCAGGACCCUGCUUUCCUCACUAGAAAUCGCUCUUAUUACAACUCUGUAGGGAAUAUAGCUCCUCUGUCUGGAGACGGUCAUGCAGAGGUCGACUUUAGGCCUUUACCUCAAGAGCAACUAAGAGUAGCUCCAGGAGCUGGCGGCCAAGGACAAUUGGCCAUGCUAGGCCAACCAGGGCCUUUGCCCCGGCCACCUGUGCAACAGUAUGGGGCUCCUUUACAAGGGGGUCACGGUGCUCUUCCACCAGUUAAUUCCGUUUCCAGGAAUGAUUUACCGGAGUGGCACCUUUCGGCUCAUUUUCAGUCAAGGCCCGCUCUGUACGAGAACGACUCUCGUCACAUGGCGGUUGCCCCACCUCCUCGCCAGCCUCACUUCGAUCCGGCUGCAGCGCUUGGUGGUGCCCCCCCUCCACCAUUGGCACAACCUCAGGACAUGAGCUGGCCUCCUCAACAGCAUCAUCAACGAGCUCAUCAGCAAGCACCACCAUUGCUACUGCCGCCUCCGCCUCCACCGCUUCCUCCCCAGUACAUGCAGCAGCAGCCAGAGCAGCCUCAUGGGCACUUCCAAUCUCAACCCCAACCUCAAUGGCAGCGGCAGCAUUCCAAUCAUUUUCAACCUCAGCACCAACCUCAGCAGCAGCAACAGCAUAUGACUGGAAGGCCUGUGGAUUCCAGAGGUGCUUCCUUUACCAACAGUUGGGAGGGUCAUGCUCCUCCUUGGGACGCUGCUGGGACGAGGAACAGCAAAAGCAAUGUCAGCACUGAGCACCAUGUAGACAAUAGGGGUAAUGGUGAAAAUCGCACGAAGGAUCCUCGCACUUCUGAUCAGCUCUUGUGGCAUGAACGAGAAAGAGAUACGAAUGGAGGAAGACAUGAUUAUCGGCGAAUGUAGUCUGAUUACCAUUUCGGAUAAAGCAGAACUUAGUCACUCUUAGGCUUCUUAGUUUGUACAAUGUAAUUUUGCGAAGCUUAGUGGAAACACAUCCAAUUCUCUUAUUGCAAUUGGAGUCUUUAUGGUCUGGUACAUACUACGCAGAGACCUCAGCAAUGUGGCGUUCUAGUCCCAUAUUUGCAUGGAAAACACUCUUAGAAUCCUCGUCUGAAAGUUUUGAGACGAACGCAAGCCUUGUAGUAGCACUCCUAGUAGAUACCAUGUUUUUGAAUUUCGAAUUA